AUGCGUCUCACCUCCAUCCUCGUAGCCACCCUCGGCUCCCUCGCCGCCGCCGCCGACCUCGGCAUCGAAGUCACCAAGUCCGUCGAGUGCGACCGCAAGACCGUCAAGGGCGACGGAGUCUCCAUGCACUACCGCGGUACCUUGCAGUCCGACGGCUCCGAGUUCGACUCCAGCUACAAGCGCCAUGCACCCCUGACUUUCAAGCUUGGAACUGGUCGGGUCAUUAAGGGAUGGGACCAAGGCUUGUUGGACAUGUGCAUUGGCGAGAAGCGCACUCUGACUAUUCCCCCUGAGUUCGGAUACGGUAGCCGUGGUGUUGGACCUAUUCCCGGUGGCGCGACUCUGGUCUUCGAGACUGAGUUGGUUGCUAUUGAGGGAGUGAAGGAUGAGCUCUGA